GCAGAAGAUGUCGGCCGGAAUCCCAGUCAAAUUACUUAAUGAAGCACAAGGACAUAUAAUAUCGCUUGAGCUAACUACAGGAGACACAUACCGGGGGAAAUUACUAGAAAAUGAAGAUAAUAUGAAUCUUUCACUCUAUGAUGUAACAAUAACAAAAGGAAGAACAGGAGCUACAUCUUAUAUGAACCAGGUAUUUGUUAGAGGAUCAAUGAUCAGAUUUGUUUCAGUUCCUGAUAUUUUAAAGAAUGCACCCAUGUUUUUCAUGAAACCUAAUGAUAAACCUAAAGCACCGGUAAGAGGUAGCACAGGUGUGAAAAGAGCCAGACAUUGAAAAGGUUACAAUAGAAGAAACCCAAUAAAGUUUUGUAUAAUAGUUACGAAGUCCACUAAAGGUCUAAAUCAAUAUAUAUAUUAUCAUUUGC